GCACGCCGCGCCAACCGGUGCCAAGACGAUUAUGAAGGCAGUAUGAGCUGCCCGUUGCAGAACUGGGUGUUGACAGCCGCCUUCUCUCUGCUGCUUUCUCAUUCAGGAGCAGGUUUCGUUAAGGCGGAUUUGGAACCUGGGGAUUUGCAGAGGCGGAUCUCGAACACCAGCUGGCAUGAAAGAUGGGGUGCUUUGGAAAUCACCUACCCUGCCAGGCUAGUAGGACAAAGUUCUGGGGGAGAGAUCCAGAAGCAUCAGUUGGACACAAGGGUGCGAAAAGAACCUGGUGGCAAAGGAGGAGGAGGCGGAAAAGGAGAAAGUCCUGUGAUGCACUUGGCCCAAGUGACUUUCCUCAUCCAUGCCUUUGGAUCCACCUUCACCCUGGACCUUGAACUCAACCACCACCUGCUGUCCUCGCAAUAUGUGGAGCGUCAUUUUGGACAAGACAGAAAUAUGAGCCAUACCACGGGAGCCGGUGAACACUGCUACUAUCAGGGGGCUCUCCGUGGGGAGGCAAACUCUUUCGCAGCCCUGUCCAGCUGCCACGGCCUGCGCGGUGUUUUCUCCGAUGGAAAGGCAACGUACCUUCUGGAGCCUCAUGAUUCUCUUGAGCAACUGGAGGGGCCGCUCCCUCACUGGAUCCACCAGGCACCAAUACCUCGCUCUGCCCAGGGCUGCACCAAACCAGGGUGUGUAUUUGCUGCACUGAACUCCUACAUUCCUUCCAGGCUGCCUAAACUGCGGCGUCGAAGGCAGGUUCAUCGAGGUCACCGAACAGUUCAUAGUGAGACCAAAUUCAUCGAACUCAUAGUGGUGAACGACCACCGGCUGUUCGAGCAACUGCGCCGGUCAGCUGUCCUUACCAGCAACUUUGCAAAGUCUGUGGUGAACCUUGCUGAUGUGAUUUUUAAAGAGCAGCUGAAUACGCGCAUCGUGUUAGUGGCCAUGGAGACGUGGACAUCAGGGGAUAAGAUCCAGGUAGAUGAAGAUUCCCUUGAGACACUGAAUGAGUUCAUGAAGUAUCGCCAGGACGCCCUUCCUGAGCACAGCGAUGCUGUGCAUCUCUUCUCUGGGCACACCUUCAGAAGCAGCCGAAGUGGCACUGCUUAUAUUGGGGGGAUCUGCUCAGUCUCCCGGGGCGGAGGUGUCAAUGAGUAUGGCAAUGUGGGAGCAAUGGCUGUAACAUUAGCCCAGACUCUGGGGCAGAACAUCGGGAUGAUGUGGAACAAGCAUCGUGCAUCUGCGGGGGACUGUCGCUGUCCUGACUCAUGGCUGGGCUGUAUUAUGGAGGACACUGGAUAUUACCUGCCCCGGAAGUUCUCACGCUGCAGCAUUGACGAAUACAAUCAGUUUCUGGAUGAAGGUGGAGGCAGCUGCCUCUUUAACAAGCCCUUGAAGCUUCUCGACCCCCCUGAAUGUGGCAAUGGAUUUGUGGAGGCAGGUGAAGAAUGUGACUGCGGGUCUUUGGCGGAGUGCUCCAGGGGCGGAGGAAACUGCUGCAAGAAAUGCACGCUGACACAUGACGCCAUGUGCAGUGACGGCUUGUGCUGCCGUGGGUGCAAGUAUGAGCCACGGGGCGUCAUCUGCCGAGAAGCUGUGAAGGACUGUGACAUUGCUGAAACCUGCACUGGGGACUCCAGCCAGUGUCCACCUAAUCAGCACAAGCAAGAUGGUUAUUUUUGUGACAAUGAGCAGGGACGGUGUUACGGUGGGCGUUGUAAGACCCGGGAUCGUCAAUGUAAUGCAUUGUGGGGACGUGUGUCAGCAGAACGGUUUUGCUAUGAGAAGCUGAAUGUAGAAGGCACAGAGAGAGGUAACUGUGGGCGUGAGGGAAACCGCUGGGUGCCGUGCAUCAAACAGGACGUGUUGUGUGGAUACCUGCUCUGUGCCAAUGUGACAGGAUCUCCCCGCGUUGGUGAACUUCUUGGUGAAAUCACCACCAUGACUUUCUACCACCAGAAACGCUACAUCGACUGCAGAGGCGGCCACGUGCAACUUGUGGAUGGCACUGACAUAAGCUACGUGGAAGACGGGACGCCCUGUGGGCCCAGCAUGCUGUGUCUUGAUCACAAAUGCCUUCACGUGUCGGCCUUUAACUUCAGCACUUGUCCAGGCAGCUGGGGUGGCCAGAUCUGCUCUGACCACGGGGUCUGCAGUAACGAGGGCCAGUGCAUCUGCCAUCGGGAAUGGACAGGCAAAGAUUGCAGUGUCCCUGACCCCACCCCGGAGCCGAAGACUACAGGGGAGACAGAGAAGUACAAGGGUCCCAGUGGAACCAACAUAAUUAUCGGCUCUAUUGCGGGAGCCAUCCUGGUUGCUGCCAUUGUCCUCGGUGGCACUGGAUGGGGCUUUAAGAACAUUCGCAGAGGAAGGUACGAUCCAGCUCAGCAGGGGGUAUAGCACCCCACCACCUCCAUCUCAUCCUCUUCAUCGACUUCAUCCUGUGCUCAUCGCUUGCACAGAUCCUUUGGGUGGCUGGGCCAGAUCCUGCUCCCAAGGAGGCCCCCUCACCCAGAAGGAUCUCCUUGGGCCAUCGCUUGGUUCCACGCACCCAUCCAUGCCAGUUGCUGCUGCUGCUCCUCAUUUUCCUGAUUAGUAUGUGUGUCUGUGUGUUUGGGGCCAGGAGCAAAUGAUGGGAAGGGCUUUUAUCACACAGUGAUUGAGCCAUCUACCCGCUCAGGUUGGCUGAGUUUUCACCUAUUGCUUCUUUUUGCUCUCAUAAAAGCAUUCCGGUCUCCUGAAAUGUCAUGUGAAAAGGGUGUCUGUCAUUCUAACAUGGCAAAUGUCAGCUUUUACUACAGACUGACUGGCACAUUCACAUAACCCUCCUCAAAGCUGCAUGUAAAUCACUCAUUGUGUUUCCAAGGCCAGUGAACGAUACUUUACCCAACUCUAUUUGAGCUUACUACCCCCAUCCUCUUCCUUUCUUAAUAAAUAUUUCCAAACCUUAGUUGUAGUCAAGUCUCUCAGCAAUGCUGCAAGGCAGAGCAUUUAUUUCUCCUUUAUUGAAAUCAAGACAGUGUGACUUGUUCUAGGCAAACCCAUCAGUAGCUGGGCUUUAAGCCCUCAUCUCCCAGGCCCAGCCUCGCUACCACUGAAUACUCACUGACAAAACAGAGACACUUUUGUGUUCACUUGCCAACCUUGUCCUCUGCCCCUGUCCUGGCAUGCUUA